AUGGCUUACCAAGACGACCAAGCCGCCCGCCCCUUACCUAGGCUGGUGUUAUACGGCGACCAUCAUUCCGAGAUCGAUCGGGCCAUUCUUAACAUCCUCAACACGUGCGUUGGGCCGCCUUAUGGUUUACUAGGAGAUGCUUCAGUCGCUCUAGAUAAUCUUAGACCAUCAAGAAGACACCAACAUCUCGGGGAAAAUCUCGAAUCAGACUCGACAUUCCUCCGCGGUUUCUGGCGGACUUUCCUCGAACUCGUCAGCCAAAUUCCAUGCGAUGACCCGGCCCAAGGUUAUCUUGUAAUGCUAAUCAAGGAUCUGAGAACGCUACCCCCGUCUAACACGUCUGGCAUGAGCUUCUGGCGCCACUUACCAGGGCUCCAAAUAGGCAUAAAGGAUAUCUGGUGUGAGCCUACACGUUACGAAUACGAUCAUCAGGUAUACGAGCAAUGGAUUAAUCUCAACGCGUUUGCCUCGAGACUUUAUUUCAACGAUCUUGCCGAGUGCUACGGCCUAGGAAUCAGGGCUAUGCGCCGCGCAUUCGAGCACGAUCAACCCCAGGACAACAUGUUUAUGAACUGCCGCGUUAAAGCUGCCGCGCAAUGGAUGUUUUACUCAGCUGACAAACUCUUUUCCUUGAUGACUACCUGUCGUCCUACCGAGAAAGAUCAGUUUGAUCAUCUAAGUCCACUGUUUUAUGGCAUCGUGGUCUUUUCUCUUGACCGUUGGGCUUUUUGGAAGAAGAGUUUUAGAAAUCUCUCCGGGGCGACAAGGGAUGAUGCUGGUACAGCUGUAGCAAAUAUGGACCGAGCAGAUGGCGGUCGACCAGUGUAA